UAUUUCGCCGCGCUGUUCGCCUGGGACAGUUCCACGUGGACUGCUCGCGCCAGUCUCGAGCGCAGCACGCACUUAGUGUAUCCAUCUGGUCGGAAGGUGACAGGCAGACGUACACUUUUGUAAUCCGCUGGCAGUCGUCACAAAACACGACGAACACUGGGACGUUACCGCGGGCGGCGUCGACGUAGUUUAGAGUGUCACUUCAUAUAUUCCACAAACACACUAUGGCAAAUGAUUUAACAGAAGAACAGAUAGCCGAGUUUAAAGAGGCGUUCAGUCUGUUCGACAAAGAUGGCGACGGCACAAUCACGACAAAAGAGUUGGGAACUGUGAUGAGGUCACUAGGUCAGAAUCCAACAGAAGCAGAGUUACAAGACAUGAUCAACGAAGUAGAUGCAGAUGGGAAUGGUACGAUAGACUUCCCAGAAUUCCUCACAAUGAUGGCCCGGAAGAUGAAGGACACUGAUUCCGAGGAUGAGUUACGCGAAGCAUUCCGAGUUUUCGACAAGGACGGAAACGGGUUUAUUAGCGCCGCCGAGCUGCGUCACGUGAUGACGAACCUGGGGGAGAAACUGACGGACGAGGAGGUGGACGAGAUGAUCAGGGAGGCCGAUAUAGACGGGGACGGUCAGGUUAAUUACGAAGAAUUCGUCAGAAUGAUGACGUCUAAGUGAGAGUUUGUAGUUUCUUAUGUGGAAGGACAUUUGUGGAAAGCUGUGUCCUGUUUUUGUCAGGAAAAGACCUUGUCAUUUAACAAAUGACUAUCACAUUUCAUUUAUUGACUAAUAUAGAAUACUGGCUUCUCUCUCUCUCUCUCUCUCUCUCUCUCUCUCUCUCUCUCUCUCUCUCUCUCUCUCUCUCUCUCUCUCUCUCUCUCUCUCUCUCUCUCUCUCUCUCUGUUUUUCUCACUAUGUUUCUUAUACAAAGCCAUCAUGUGCGGCCAUAUGAGACAGAAAAAGUACACCUAAGAUGUAAAAAUUCGAUCUGGGUCUAAAAUUCCAUCACCAACGGUGAACUUUUUUCUGUCCCAUAUGACAGAUUCUUUUUCUCUCAUCCAUUCAGUAAAUACACAUUAGUUUUACAACAACAGACAAAUAUGGCUGAAAAGGUACCUUUUUCAUUUCACCAUUUUAUCACAAAUAAACUACACUAUCAUAUUUACCAUAUGGGCACAAUACAAUUUAACACUACAAAUCAACAAGAUCGUCAAUUGUAUUAUAACACUAAGAUUCCAAGCACUAUCAGUAUGAAACUUGUCUGGUGACCACAGACAUAAUAGAGUUAGGUCCCCUUGUUAAGCAUAAUCACAUGAUCGGGAACGGAGAAAACCUAUUUAGGUGCCUACAUCCUAUAAAGGUUCAGGCACGCCUCAACUGGGCACAGCCUCCUGGUGAUACCUCAUGGAAGACAGAAAUAUCUUUUAUAACCGUCCUUCAUGGAAUAGCUGUCCUAUAUUGGGAUUGGUUUUUUAGGAGGCCGAAAUUACGAUCAGGCUUAAAAAAAAUAUUUGUUCGUUUAUAAUGCACAGUGUUUUCAUCUUUAUGCAAUACAGUUGUUUAAUAAUGCAUCUUUGUUUACCCAUAAUACAUACAUUGUCUUGUGUUUUCUUCUACAUUGUUAUUACAACAUUGUACAAAAUUGUUCAUCUCAAAAUGUAUCUUUUGUGGAGAUCCUAUUUCACUUACCAUUGUUUAGCGUGAGGUAUAAAACACCUAUAGUCGAAGUAACAUACAUACUUAUGUGGUGUAGUGCUUAAGUCAUCCAUGUUUAAUUCUGGUAGGUACAGGGUUCGCAUCCCGGUACCGACGUCUACUAGUGUGACUUUUACUGACACAGUGGGGAGAGGUAAGGCCACUAUGCCGUCUCUCUUCUCUCUCUCUCUCUCUCUCUCUCUCUCUCUCUCUCUCUCUCUCUCUCUCUCUCCCUGAACUUUAAUGUGGAAUAUAUAAAUAUGCAAGAGGAAACUUGCUAUCCAAGCACUUUCUGAACCGCCAGGGGGUCCAUGCCCACAUGCUACCUGUGAGUAAUGAAAUAAAUAGAGUUUUGAGCAUAUCGGGUAUUGUUGCCAAGCAUUGUCAGGGGUUAUUAUACAUGAAUGGCAUUAAUAUACCAUUUGUUUGUUAUGAGCCUAAUUUUAACAUUGGUUGGGGUGUAGAAUCAUUGCUCACGCAUUAAUCUGGUUGCAUUCGACGUUUACAAACCCCUGCUGGCAACAUCAUAGCAUCUUUGCAAAAAGACAUGAUCGUUAGAGCCCAACCUAUUUUGUAAUAUUGGAACGGCCCAGAUUCUAAAUGCCCAUUUCGUUAUAAACCGGAUUAAUUUAGUAAAACAAAAAUUGGUCUCCAUUACAAAAACGACUCAUUCUGAAUAGCCGUGGGAAGUGUUUAUGGGUUUCUUCAUUUAGUUUGUUUGGUGACGAGAGUUUUGUCUCUAUGUUCAAUUCUAUUUAUUCUGUAUUAUAAAAAGAAAACACACAGUCGUGUACUUUUUGUCUAAUUUUAUUGUACAUUGUAUCUUUUUCUAUUCAGGUUAAAAUAAAAUUGUAUUGUUUAUUCUUUCUGUCCAGUUUUAAUACAAAUGUAAUACUGUUUUCUUUUUCUACAUGGGUGCAAAGAAAGAAUUGUUUGUUUUUGUCUCCUGUGUUACUAAGAGAAAACAUUCUUUUUUACCUUGUUAUUCAACAAAAUGCAAUUGCUAUGAUUCUACGCAUUGUUUUGAAAUCAGUAAGCUAUGGUCUCAUUUGUGUUGACAAGCUUGCAAAUCACACUACUCUGUCAUUUCUGUACGUUACCAAACCACCAUGAACCACUUUAUAUGCAAUGUUCAUACACGAUUCUUUGUAUUGUACAAUAUAUGGCUUUUCUACAUUUAGCCUGUUUCACUUGACGUGUAAUAUAUAUAUUACAUGAAUUAAAUAUUUAUGUCCAAAUUGAAA